CCCCGAGCUUCCCCGGGGCUGCGGGCCGGCGGCUGCGGAGGGCCGUCCACCCCCUGGCGGGAGGCGAGGGGGCGGGUUCGGGUUGGAGCCGAGCGUCCGGUCGGAAACGCCCCCUCGUCCCAGAGGCGGGGAAGGGCGGCCGGGCGCUGGGCCCCGCGGGUGCCGCCGCGCCAGGUGGGACAUGGCCCGCUGUGGGGAGGGUAGCGCGGCCCCCGGGGUGCCCCUGGGGUCCCCCGGAGUUGGCAGGAAGGGGCCCUGCGAGCGGCGCCGGCUGAAGGCGGCGGUGGCGGAGCAGCUCAGCCAGGACCUGCUCAGGCUGCUAAGAGAAGAAGUCCAUACAGAUGUUACUUUCUGUAUAGGUUGUGCCUUGUUCAAAGCACACAAAGCAGUCCUUUUAGCAAGGGUUCCUGAUUUCUAUUUUCAUACUGUUGGACAGACAAAUAACUUAACAAAUCAUGAUCCUGUUGCUGUAGAGAACUUUGAAGCUUCAGAAUUUGGAACAUUUUUACAGAUUGUGUACUCCUCAAACAGAAACAUAAAAAACUACGAAGAAGAAACGCUUAGGAAAACGAUGGUGGAGAGCGGAGUGCCACCAAGGGGAUGUGACUUCAGUGUUGGAAAGUGUGCUGACAAUGAUGGAAGGUCAUCUGCAGGUAAAAGAUCACCUGGUCAGUCUCUUCUGAAGCAUGAAAUUCCAGAAGACAUCAGCAACAAAGAGGACAGUUUCAUUUCUACUGAUAUUUAUGACUUGGAGCCUGCAUCUGAAUUGGGAGAAGAUUUCCUGAAACUUUACCAGAAACGGUGUUGCCCAGAUAUUGAUAUUUAUGUUGACGGAAAGCGUUUUAAAGCUCACAGAGCCAUUUUAAGUGCCAGAUCUAGUUAUUUUGCUGCCAUGCUGAGUGGCUGUUGGGCCGAAAGCUCCCAGGAGUGCAUCACUCUUCAAGGAAUAAGCCAUGUGGAAAUGAACAUUAUGAUGCAUUUUAUAUAUGGAGGAACUUUGGACUUCCCAGAAAAAGCUAAUGUUGGUCAGAUACUCAAUAUGGCUGAUAUGUAUGGACUAGAAGGAUUAAAAGAAGUAGCAAUCUAUAUUUUAAGAAGAGAUUACUGUAAUUUCUUUCAGAAGCCUGUUCCCAGAAGGUUGGCGUCUGUACUGGAAUGCUUGAUCAUUGCUCACUCAGUUGGAGUGGAGAGUCUUUUUGCUGACUGCAUGAAGUGGAUUGUAAAGCAUUUUGCAAGGUUUUGGUCUGAAAGAAGCUUUGCAAAUGUACCCCCUGAGAUUCAGAAAAAAUGUCUUAAUAUGUUGAUUCAGUCCUUAAAUGAUGAGAAUGCUGCUUUUCUUCUGAUGGAGAGUGACAGGCUGAUCAUCAGUCUACCCAGAGUGAGAUGGACAGAAGCAGCACUGACCAUGGCGUCUCAGCUCCAAGAGGAAUGUAUUGCCUUUAUUAUAGAAAAUUUCCCCAGGAUCAUUCACAGUGAAAAUUUUGCUCUUUUCCUACAGUCCCAAGCAAUGAGUAGCACAGCUGAUCUGUUGGACAAAAUUUUUAAAGCAAUUGAAGAAAACAUCACCACUGAGAAGAGCUGCUCUCUUCUUAUGGCUCUGGACACACUGCUGAACUCUGACAGUGCAAAGGAAAUGGGUUUUACGUGCAAGAUCCAGGCUCUGCGUGAUAAGCUGUGGAUCUUCCUGGUUCAGUCUUUCUAUGCUGUUCGUCACACAGAAAGCUGGAAGCUGAUGAGCACAGAUGAUCAACAGAAAAUCCAAGCAGCUGCAUUUGACAAAGGUGAUGAUCGAAGACUUGGCAAAAAACCUGUAUUCAGUAGCUCUCAGCAAAGGAGAGAAGCUUCUGACUCUGGUGUUAUAAAAACCAAAUCUUGGAGAGGAAGUAACAAGAAAGAGUAUUGGCGUUAUCCCUCUACUAAUCAAAAGAUGAAAUCUGAUGCAUUAGGAGCAUCUGGACAUUCAUCAAGUACUAAUAGAAAUUAUAUAAAUAAAACUUUGAAGCAUGAUGAUUUGAAAGAAAAGGAUGGUACAAAAACAGCAUCCACAAGUACAAAAGAAUUAAAAACUGCAGGAAAAAAUGUUUCUGGAAAGCCCAAAGCUAUCAUAAAGCCCAAGACAGAAAACGGUGAUAAUGCAAAGUCAGCAAGCCUGUCCCUCAAACAAGUUGUGGAAAGGUCGGCAGCAGCCGAUGGACAGAAGAAUUCAGUAAAUGGAAAAGGAGUGAGGCAUCCAGAGGGGCAAGUCGCAGGAGCCAGACCCAAGGUACCUGCUGCGAACUCCCCUGUGCCAGCCAAAGCACAGCCUUGGAAGAAAGUGACAGGCAGAGAUUCUCCAUGCCCCGGGCUCGCAGGCCCCGCCAGCAGGUCUGCAAAUUCAAGUGUGGAAGUGUUGCCUGGCGCUGACUGUCUGGAUGAACCUAAAGAAAAUGGGUCAAUGCAGGAGAAGCCUUCUGGCCACAGGCUUUCCGUUUGUGACUCUCCAGCACAGACUGUGAAAAACAGCGUAGAAAGUAUCAAAACUCCCGCUCGAGCAGUAAAACCUCGACCCGUUUCAAAAGUUACCAAUGGAACUCCCAAUAAAAAAAGUAUUCAUGAAAAAGAAACCGAUAUAAAUAACAGUGUGCUAAGGAAGGUCACCAGCAAAGGACACGGUGAUCCAGUACCACAGGCCAUUUUAAAGAAAAGAGGAAAUGGCACGGGCCAUGCCACAGCGCAGCCGAGGACAAAGAGCGCCGCAGCUAAUCUUGUGAGGACUCCAGGAUCCCAGGGAGAGUCACCAACUUCAGUAAAAUCUUCCGUCUCUUCAAGGCAGUCUGAUGAAAAUGUGAAAAAAUUGGACCACGGUACCGCUACAGAUAAACAAACACCUAAGAAAAAAAUUAAACAAGGACAAACAACUUUGCCUAAGGUUAAUGCAAAAAUAGUAGCAAUGCCUAAAAACUUAAAUCAAGCUAAGAAAGGUGAAACUUUGAAUAAUAAAGAUUCAAAACAGAAAACGCUUCCUGGACAGGUUAUUUUGAAGACUCAGUCUUCUCAAAGACCUUUAAAAAGUGAGCCAUCUGUUGUCCAGAAAACUAUGCUUCAUGACGUAUGUGAUAAUAGCAGCAAAGGCAGUGUUUCUGAACAGACGCCGCAUAACCCUCUCACCAGCCUCGCCGCCGAAAUCAGUGGUACAGGAGCAGUCCAGCCAUCACGCAUACUUGACCCACAAAAGCCACUAAACAAUCAAGCAAAAGAGAAGUUGGUGUUAGAAUGCCAAAACACUUCACAUCUGGAUGAAUUAAUAAAACAUGAACUGGACUCAAGACAGAUGUGUUCGGAUAAAAGUGAAACGAAUUUUUCUGGUCACACAAAACCAGAUCAUUGCAACGCAGCUAGAAUACGUUGUCCUUCUGACGAGAGUGAUAAGGUUGAUCCAGAAUUUUCUAGCACCGCUGCCCUAAGAUCCAUGGUUUCAAAUCCACAUGAAAACCCUUUGACCUCUACUCCAGAUGGUGACUUGGACCCAACGCAUGAAGAGCACGUCCAUUCCGUCUCAGACAGGGAGAAGCAGGUAGGGAGAAGAGAUGCGAACACAAAAUUAAACCGUAAAUGUGUGAAUGAUGUUUUCCCUUAUGUGCCUGAAAAGACAAAUGGCACCUUAAAUUUUGGCCCCGAUGACAGAAAACCUCAAGUUCAGGUCGAAGAGCAGACAGGCCCUGGUCAGGUGUCUGAUGACUCUGCCGUGAAUGAGGACAAACAUGCUACGGGAGACUCAACUACUUCCUCCACGGGCUUCCUGGAACCAACGUCCGGGAAGAAUUCUCCCAAAGAUUCGGAAACAACAGACACCCCAGAAGCUCCAUUCGUGAGUCACUGGCACUUAAGCACCCGUGUUCUCCAUCAGAGAGAGAGCCCUGAAUCCGACAGUGGCAGCGCUACCACAUCGUCCGAUGACAUAAAGCCCAGGUCUGAGGACUAUGACGCAGGAGGGUCUCAGGAUGAUGAUGGGUCCAAUGACAGGGGUAUUUCUAAAUGCGGCACCAUGCUGUGCCACGAUUUUCUGGGGAGAAGCAGCAGCGAUACCAGUACUCCUGAAGAAUUAAAAAUAUAUGACAGUAACUUAAGAAUUGAGGUGAAAAUGAAAAAGCAAAGUGGCAGUGAUCUCUUCCAGGUUAACUCGACAAGUGAUGAUGAGAUUCCUAGGAAAAGGCCAGACCUUUGGUCUCGAUCGUCAGGGGUCCACCCUAGGGAAAAGGAACACCUUCCUCGAGGCGGGGUUCCCUUCGCUCAGGAAGCGGAUCCGGUGUCCUCCUCAGCAGAUGAAACGGAAGACGAAAGGUCCGAAGCUGAAAAUGUGGCAGAAAAUUUCUCUACAGCUAAUCCGGCUCUUCAGCAGUUUCAGGGGAUAAUUAAUUUAGCUUUUGAAGAUGCGACUGAAAACGAAAGUAAUCAGUUUCGUGCAAGCAAAAAUUUCAAAAGGUCCGUUUUGCUUUCAGUAGAUGAGUGUGAAGAACUCGGAUCCGACGAAGGGGAAGCCCACGCUCCCUUUCAGCCUCCCGUGGAUUCGGCCUCCCCUUCCGAUGUUUUCGAUGGGGUUUCUCAGGAACCUCAGGGAAGGACCAGCUGCACCGGCUACUCGCAAGGACACGGAGGUAGUAUUUUCGAAGGUAAGCAAGAUAAAGGCACCAGUGUAUUUAAAAGCAAAAGCACUCCCUUGGGUCUCAGUAGCACUGACUCUCUAAGGAAAGAUGCACGGCGUGCUUCAGCCGCAGACGGAAAGAGCCCAGCAGAGGUCCUGCCGCAAGGAGGCAGCCAGCCUCCUCCCGAAGAUCAGAGAGUGGGCAGCGGAAGCCGCGGGGGGGGGCGCCUUCAGACACACGGCAGACUCUCAGAUGGUGAAGUAAGGUGUCACGAAAGACCGUGUCACUUGGAACUUCAUCGGCGAGAACCGGCCUCUGACAUGCCAAAGAACAGUUGCGCGAAAUCCGUGGGCUCCCGUCGGAGUCAAGUUCUGCCUCAGGAAGGUCAAGAGAGACAGAGCCAUUCUGCAGUCCCCGAAAAAGCCAGUAUUGCUUUAUCUGCAGGAGACAUAGAUGAUUAUGACACAGUGGCACAAACCCACAUGUAUGACCACCGGCCUUCAAAAACCCUUUCUCCAAUAUAUGAGAUGGAUGUAACAGAAGCCUUUGAGCAGAAAAUGGAAUCAGAAACACACGUUACAGACGUGGAUUCUGAAGAUGAGCAACACUUUGCAAAACAAGAUUGGACACUCUUAAAGCAGCUGCUCUCUGAACAGGAUUCAGACUUAAAUAUUACAAGUUCUGUUCCUGAAGACUUAAAUUUAGCACAGUAUCUCAUCAAUCAGACACUGCUUUUAGCACGAGACAGCUCAAAACCUCAGGGUAAAGCACAUGUUGACACUUUGAACAAAUGGAGCGAAGUAACAUCUCCAUUCGAUGAUUCCUCCGCAAGCAUCACCAUGGCUAGUUUUUCCUCUGAAGAUUGUUCACCCCAAGGGGAAUGGACAAUUCUGGAACUGGAAACUCAGCAUUAAGAGUAUUAACAUUUUGGAAAAUUAAAUUAUGCCACUCCUUUAUUUUUUGAUGCUUAUAUUAUAUUCAAAUGAUAAUUGCAUUAGCCAGAGAUAGUCUAUCCUUACUAUGAAGAGAUUCUUUACAAUUUACGGAAGUAAACAUAGGUUGCUUAUUAAUGUGAUAUCACAUGUAGGAAAAAAAAAGGUGUUCUUCUAAAAGUUUUGAGCAUGUUUUCUCUAAUUAGAGAAAUUAGAAGACCUGUAAGGAAACCCUUGCUUCAGUUUUUCUUUUCCUAACUAAUCAUUCAUUUACUUGUUUAUCAUCCAAGAAUUUCAAACGUGAAUGCACCAGUAGAACAGUCCCUUUGCUUUUCGCUCUGCAUAUGGUAAAAUAGCAAUUCAACAAUAAAAACCCUUAUUGUGCUUGUGUCCAUUUAUGUAGAGUUAAUCUAUGAGUAACAUCCAAACUCAGGUUGGUACGGUUGAGGCUGAUAGCUUAAUAUUAGAAAAAAGCCUUCCCUUUCCCAACAAAGUCAGAUCCAGGAAAUUGUCAAGUAAAUGCAUCUCAGAUUUCAUUGACAGUUUUACUAAAACAGGAAAAGCGGAAUCUCCUGUUAACUCUUUUUCGGAUAUAUCCAGAGAGGCUCCUGCCCCGGUUCAAAAAAAGGAGGAGAACUGUCCGCCUGCGUUAUCCGUCUGGUUUUCUGUCAUAGUUAGGUGGUCACUCUCCAUUUUCCACCCCAUGUUAGAGAUGUUUUGGGACUGCACCUGCAGUAAGCCUACACGAAAUAUUAACUUGAAAAUGAGUACAUGAGGCAGGUGAAUUUUUGAGUUAAAUUGUGUGUGGGGGUGCAUUUUCCAUUUGUUUGUGUGCUCUCGUUCUUUAUUUCCUUGAUCAGAUUGUCUUUCAGUCUGAAAUUUUGUUAGAAAGGCAAAGAGAAGCAUCUUUUAUACAAAAUCCUAUGGGGGAGUAAACACAUAGAUGCCUCCUUGAUUUUGGUGGAUGUUGCCGUUAGGAUGAUGGCAUUUAGUACAACUGGCAUUUCUCAAAGCUUUGUAACUAACCCAUAAUUUCUCUAAGAUACAUCAGAGGAGGUAAGGAAACCUUUUGGUUUAGAGUUCCUUUUCUACAUUAAUAAAGAUUUCAGUAAAUGACCACCAACAGUGAGAAUCUGUAACUAUAUUGAAUAUCAACUCAUAUUAAUGUAUAGUCAUUUGUUAUUCUUAUAUAACAACAUGGUUAUGUUAACAUUAACUACUAACCUUUUAUGCCAUAAAUUUGCUGUGCUUUU